AUGACGUUAGUCGUUUGCUUCCUGCUCGGUAGUGUCCUGGCCUACGGCUUGGUCUCUCUCGUCUAUCGUCUUCAUGUUCACCCACUCAGCAAAUUCCCGGGGCCCCGCUUGGCCGCUGUGACCGGUCUGUAUGAGAUAUACUUUUCGGUCUGGGGUCUUAGCUCGUUCGAUGACGAAAUUGAGCGAAUGCAUCAGGAAUACGGCCCCGUCGUUCGCAUUACUCCCGACGAGAUCCACGUCUUGGACCAGCUUUACAACACCAACUACGUCAACCGCUGGGUCAAAGGUAGUCAGAGUCUGGACUCCGGAUCUCACCAAUCGGGUAGAAUCUCUAUGAGCUUCCAAAUUCGGAAGCGAUCGAUGUCGAGAGUUCGAUCGAUCCUUCAAGUGGAGAUCCAUCAGAUCAUCCGAGGCCUUGUGCGAAAACACCAUGUCCACAAGCUGUUUAGCUCCAGCAUGCGGCCGUUUCCCCCCACUUUAAGCCCGCUCAUGAUUCGCGUUGAUCCCCCGAGAGGGAGCGACCUGGAAGAUGGACCCCAAAGUGCGCGCUCGUUCCCCAGACCUCGGCUUUUCGGGGUAGCAGAGGGGAACGUAGGGCCGUGGAAGCCGAAAGUCAAUGAACAAGGACUGUCGGCGAUGCGGUCGGGUCACGUCGCCGAUUGCCGUUUCGAGUGA